AUGAGGUUUUUUUCAAAGAGGAUACUGAAAACGUUACUUUCAGUUGUUAUCGUAACAUCGAUUAUCGUAACCGUUGCUGUUUAUGUAGUAACCUCUAAUGAAGAGUAUUUGAAAGCAGUUAAAGAUAGUGCCAAUUCUUUGCGGGGAAGCUACAAUAGCUUCACAGGCAACACUGAUACACCUGCUGUAGCUCCUAACCAUGAUGCGGAAGAGUUGGAUGAUAUAUUGGGGAGAUUGUAUGAGCCCUUUUAUGACAAGGAGAGUUUUGAUCCAAAUGAAGUACUUGCUGAUAAUAAAGAGUUGUACGAUGAGUUUUUGGCUACAGAAAUUUCUGAGCCAAAAGUGAAAAAUUUGGUACGUAGCGGGGAUCCAUUGUCAGGCAAGGCAAAAGGCACCAUUUUGAUUUUAGUGAGAAAUGUUGAUUUAAAGAAAAUAAUAUCUUCUAUUCAACAACUGGAAGAAGAAUACAAUAAGAACUUUGGCUAUCCAUAUACAUUCUUGAACGACGAAGAAUUUACGGAUGAAUUCAAAGAUGGAAUACGGAAAAUUCUCCCUCAAGAUCGUUUGAUAGAAUUUGGUACUAUUGAUCCGAAUGACUGGAAUAUGCCUGAUGACAUCGAUAGGAAGAAAUACGAGGAAGAAAUGGACAAAUUGGACAAAGAGAAAAUUCAGUACGCCAAAAAAGAAUCUUAUCAUAACAUGUGUCGUUUCUAUUCCAAAGAAUUUUAUCAUCAUCCUUUACUAUCGAAAUAUAAAUAUGUCUGGAGAUUGGAACCUGAUGUUAGUUUUUACUGUAAAAUCAAAUACGAUGUUUUCCAAUUUAUGAGCAUGAACGACAAGAUCUAUGGGUUUGUUUUGAAUCUUUAUGAUAGCCCACAAACCAUUAGAACGCUAUGGACUUCAACGAUGCAUUUCGUUGAGGAACACCCAGACUAUCUGAACGCUAAUGGAGCUUUUGGAUGGUUAAAAGAUAAUUCCCAGAAUCCAGAUAAUUACGAAUAUACUCAAGGGUAUUCUACUUGCCAUUUCUGGACUAAUUUUGAAAUAGUUGAUUUGGACUUUUUGAGGUCGGAGCCUUACGAACAAUAUAUGCAAUAUCUUGAAGAGAAAAAGGGAUUCUACUAUGAAAGGUGGGGCGAUGCUCCCGUUAGAAGUUUGGCACUUGCUUUAUUUGCCGACAAAUCGCGCAUUCAUUGGUUCAGAGACAUAGGUUACAGCCACUUUCCAUACACGAAUUGUCCCACUUGCCCAAGUGAUUCAGAUAGGUGUAAUGGAAACUGUGUACCAGGUAAAUUUACGGCUCUCGAUCUCGAUCAUCAAAAUUGCCAAGCAGCUUGGAUCAGGCACUCUAUGACCGACGAAGAAAUCGAUAUGUACUGA